AAUGCAGACUAGAUGGAACCAAAUAGCAAUGUAACUUACUUUGUCCUCUUGGGCCUCACCCAGGAUCCAAAGGAACAAAAGAUCCUUUUUGUUAUGUUCUUAAUCUUUUAUAUUUUGACUGUGGUGGGAAACCUGCUCAUUGUGGUGACUGUAACUGUCAGUAAGUCCCUGGACUCACCUAUGUACUUUUUUCUUGCUAGCUUAUCAUUUAUGGAUGUCAUUUAUUCAUCUUCUAUUUCUCCCAGAUUGAUUUCAGACUUGUUGUUUGCAGAAAAUACAAUAUCCUUCCAUGCUUGUAUGACUCAGCUAUUAACAGAACACUUUUUUGGUGGAUCAGAGGUCUUUCUUCUGCUGGCAAUGGCCUAUGACCGCUAUGUGGCCAUCUGCAAGCCCUUGCAUUACUUGGUGAUCAUGAGGCAAUGGGUGUGUGUUGUGCUGCUGGUAGUGUCCUGGGUUGGAGGUUUUCUGCAUUCAGUAAUUCAAGUUAGCACUAUUUAUAGGCUCCCAUUUUGUGGCCCCAAUGUCAUUGAUCAUUUUUUGUGUGACAUGUAUCCCUUAUUGAAACUUGUCUGUACUGACACAUAUGUCAUUGGCCUGUUAGUGGUGGCCAAUGGAGGGCUGAUCUGCAGUAUUGUGUUUGUGCUCUUGCUCAUCUCUUAUGGUGUCAUCUUGCACUCUCUAAAGAACCUUAGUUCAGAAGGGAGGCGGAAAGCCCUCCAGACCUGUGGUUCCCACAUCACUGUGGUGGUCUUUUUCUUUGUUCCAUGUAUUUUCAUGUAUGUAAGACCUGCUAAGACCUUCCCCAUUGACAAAUCAUUGAGUGUGUUUUAUACAGUCAUAACUCCCAUGCUGAACCCACUGAUCUACACUCUGAGAAAUUCUGAGAUGACAAAUGCUAUGAAGAAGCUCUGGGGAAGAAAUAUUAUAUCUUUGAGUAAAUAA